CUAGAAGAUGCAAUCUACCCUUUUCUUGUACUCAGUCCCUUGGAUCCUAAGAUGGAUGAAACUUUCAUCAGGGAUCAUAUGCAAUUUAUCAAAUGUUUACAGACUGAUGUCGUCUUUGAUUUUGACCCAGCAGGAUCUUCGAAUGGAAUUUACCAUUAUUAUGAUAAAACUCAAGGAGAGGUAAUGACAGUGUUAACAUUAGACAACUUU